UAAAAAUCCGAAUUGGAUGGGGAUAACGUUAUGUAUAAUGGUAUCAACAAACCUAAAAACCUAACAAACCGGUUUUAAGUAACAAACUUCUCCUGCUUUUCCUUCAUUAUCUUGCUGUUUUCCUCUCUCUCUCUCUCUCUCUCUCUCUCUCUCUCUCUGCAACCAUGGCAACUGCGACAACAAAGACAGCCGAUGAUGAGAAAUCGUUGAACGAUUGGCUGCCUAUCACGUCGUCUAGGAAUGCUAAGUGGUGGUACUCCGCUUUCCACAAUGUCACCGCCAUGGUCGGAGCUGGAGUUCUCGGCCUCCCCUACGCCAUGUCCGAACUCGGAUGGGGUCCUGGAAUUACUGUAAUGGUUUUAUCAUGGGUGAUAACUCUCUACACCUUAUGGCAAAUGGUGGAGAUGCAUGAAUGUGUUCCUGGGAAACGAUUCGAUCGUUACCACGAGCUAGGCCAAGAAGCCUUUGGCAAGAAGCUCGGUCUUUGGGUGGUAGUGCCGCAACAACUCACCGUCGAGGUUGGUGUAAACAUCGUCUACAUGGUCACCGGCGGCAAGUCCCUCAAGAAAGCUGUUGACACCUUAUCACCUCACGGUGGUCCACCAAUCAAAACCACCUAUUACAUCAUGAUGUUCGCCGCUGUCCAGUUCUUCCUCUCCCACCUCCCCAACUUCAACUCCAUCACUGGCGUUUCAUUCCUUGCCGCCAUUAUGUCAUUCUGUUAUUCAAUGAUAGCAUGGAUAGCUUCAGUACGCAGAGGGACUCAACCCGAUAUUAAGUAUACGCCAAAGGCUUCAACCACCACUGGCCAAACGUUUGGAUUCUUGAGCGCAUUAGGUGAUGUAGCCUUUGCCUUUGCUGGCCAUAACGUUGUUUUGGAGAUUCAAGCAACAAUCCCUUCGACACCUGAAACCCCAUCCAAGAAACCCAUGUGGAGAGGGGUUGUUUUCGCGUAUAUUGUGGUGGCUUUGUGUUAUUUUCCUGUAGCAAUGAUCGGAUACUGGGUUUUCGGUAACACUGUUGAAGACAAUGUCCUAAUUUCACUUGAACGUCCUCCUGUUAUUGUUGCUAUUGCAAACCUAUUUGUUGUUAUUCAUGUUAUCGGAAGCUAUCAGGUUUUUGCAAUGCCGGUAUUUGAUAUGGUGGAGUACUUUUUGGUUGUAAAGAUGAAAUUUAAGCCCACCAAAUUCCUACGUUUUGUUUCAAGAACUUCUUAUGUUGCCUUGACCAUGUUCCUUGCUAUAACAUUCCCAUUUUUUGGAGGGCUCUUGGGUUUCUUUGGGGGCUUUGCUUUUGCUCCCACUACAUAUUUUCUUCCUUGUAUCAUGUGGCUAGCCAUCAAAAAGCCCAAGAAGUUUGGUCUUUCUUGGUUUAUAAAUUGGAUAUGCAUAAUUCUUGGUGUGUUGCUGAUGUGUUUAGCCCCGAUCGGAGCAUUGCGGCAAAUCAUAUUGCAAGCGAAGGAUUACAGAUUUUACUCGUGAUUAUUAUAAGAUAUGGAGUGUUCUCUUAGAAUAUGUAGGUUGAAAUUAAGUUAAUUAUUUUAGAAGGUUGUGUCAUGAUUUCAUUUCCUUGCUAAGUUCCUUUUACGUAGGUUUUCAUAUUUCCUUGUCUAGUUCUAUGCUUGAAUCUUAAUUUCUUAUUUAUAAAGAAGAAGUGAUGUCUUUUAUUUCGAUUUGAAAAAUAAUACAAAAUCAUCUGACAAAUAUUAAACAAUAUAAG